GUGCAGAGCCCGCGCGCGGCACCAUUAAAUCGAGAAAAAAGGUGCAUAGAGUUAAUAUACAGACUCAGUUAAUAUACAGGUAAUAUUUAACUCUAUGAAAAGGUGCUGCACUCGUUGAAUUGGUGCUGCCGGUAGACAUCGGUGCAGCUGCAGGCCGCAAACUGAUCCAAGACAAAUCCAUGACAAAUCUAUCCGAAGCAUAGAGCAUGCUACAGUGGCUAGAACAUGGCGGACAUGGCGGUUGAUGUGAGGCUCUUUUCUGCCGGAAAGCGACAUCACGGCGAAAACACCCGACCAAAGGGACUUGUUGCUCCUGGAGAUGUUAUUACAACAGAUGCGGGAUUUAUGAGAGGUCACGGAACAUAUAUAGACAAUGAACAGCUUCUGUCAUCUGUAGCGGGGGCAGUGGAGAAAGUUAACAAACUCAUCACUGUUCGUCCGCUCAAAACACGUUACAUUGGCGAGAUAGGAGAUGUUGUUGUGGGACGUAUUGUUGAAGUUCAGCAAAGACGAUGGAAAGUUGAAAUGGCCUCACGUCUGAAUGCAUCUCUACUACUUUCUUCUGUUAACCUACCUGGAGGAGAGUUGAGAAGAAAAUCUGCUGAAGAUGAGCUGCUAAUGAGGCAGUACUUGUGUGAAGGUGAUCUCAUCAGUGCUGAAGUCCAGUCAGUGUUUGCUGAUGGGUCCCUGUCACUACAUACAAGGAGUCUCAAAUAUGGCAAGCUGGGCCAAGGCACUUUGGUGCUUGUGUCACCAUCGUUGAUCAAGCGCUGCAAAACUCACUUCCACAACCUUCCUUGUGGUGCCCAAAUUAUCCUGGGCAACAACGGUUAUGUGUGGAUAUGCCCCCUUCCAUCUGAAGAAGGCACGAAGUUUGUUCAAAGUGUCGAUAUGGUACCUGAUGUGACCAGAGAAGCCAUAUCUAGAGUCAGGAACUGCGUCUUGGCUCUUGCACGGCACCAUGUUCUCUUGUUUGACACCAGCAUUGUGUAUGCUUAUGACAUCUCGUUAGAACACAAGGUAAAUGCCCUUUUGAAACCUGAGGUGAUACUAGAAGUUGCUAACUUGACACAACAGAAGCUGCAUCAGGAGGCAUAGAAGUGGAAAAAAAAAACGAAAUUAUAGCAACAUCUUGCUGGUUUUAACAUGACUCAUCUUGCCCCAAUUAAAUACCAUAUAUCACCA